UGAUGACCUGCAGAUGUGGAAAUAACUGGGGGAGUGUGUGGAUGCUAACUGGAAUCUGGAGAAAACGUUGCAGCUGUUUAAGGAAAAGACCAGGAAGGAGUCCAGUUUUAUACAGACAAGGGGUUAAAGAUAAGAAGAAGAAGAAGAAGAAGCCUGAUAUUUUCUGAAGGACUCCAUGGAUCUUGGACAGUAUAUAAUCCUGUGCAUUUGUGCUGUAAAUGCAGUUGUCUGGGGAUGUCCAGAGCAUUGCCAGUGCAAAAACACAGACAUUUUGUGCAAUGGAUAUGAAAUUCAAGAUUUUCCUUCGCCCAUUCCCGUCAAUACGAGCGCUCUGGUUAUUUUUCAGACUAACAUCACCUCACUGAAACCAUCUGAUUUUGAAGCAUUCGCUCAAUCUCUUACAAGGUUGAAAGUUUCGGCUUCAAUAAUAAGGGAAGUGCAACCUCACACCUUUGACAAAACACUCCACCUAAUCAGCUUCACGCUUUCAGAAACUGAGCUAUCUUCUCUACCAGAGAACCUGUUUGCUCCUCUUCAGGCCCUGAAAUCAUUAGACCUUAAGAAAAACAUGCUGACGUCUAUUCCACAGAAGGCAUUUCAGGGUCUGAUUCACCUGGAGACCCUCACGUUGCAGGAAAACAAGAUCAGCAACCUGCACCCAGGGACCUUCCGUGAACUUUCCAAGCUCAAGCUUUUGUCCCUUAAACAGAACAAGCUGGAGGAGAUACCAAGCAAUGCCUUUGAGCACCUGGGGGACCUUGAAUCUUUGCAUCUUCAGAACAACAUCAUCAAAAACUUAUCUUCAGAACUUUUCACGCAUCAACAGAAGCUGAAAAAGCUCUACCUCUCUACCAAUAGGCUGACUUAUCUUCCUGAAGGUAUCUUCAUGAACUUGCCAAAUCUACAGCAGAUCUCACUUUACAAUAAUCAGCUGCAGACGCUGUCUCCCAAAACCUUCGGCCCCAUGCCGCUGCUCCAGGAUCUGUGGCUUUACGACAAUGAGUUGACUCGUCUUGAUGACAACGUGUUCAGCAAUUUAACUCAUUUAAAACUUCUGGUGGUCAGCAGGAACCAGAUCUCAUACAUCUCUCCCGGUGCCUUCAGUGGAUUGAUUGAGCUGAAAGAGAUUUCUUUACAGUCCAACCACCUGACGAGCCUCGAGGAAGGAGUGUUCAGAGGGCUUCCUAAUUUGGCUAACAUAUCUCUGAGAAACAACCAGAUUCAUCAACUUCCUGGGAAGCUUCUCCAUGAUCUUCCUUACUUACAGCAGCUGAGGCUUCAAAAUAAUUCUCUACUGCAUUUAUCAGAGGAGCUUUUACGCUCACUGACCAAUGCUUCCAACAUUGUGCUUUCUGAAAACCCCUGGAGGUGCGACCGUCACAUCGUACCACUCCGAGACUGGCUGUUGAAGUACCAAGCUAAAGUAAAUGACACCACAUCCCUCAAGUGCUCAAGUCCAGCAUGGUUGAUGAACAUGAGUAUUAUCAACCUUUCAGAUGAUCACUUUCAAACAUCUACUGAAUCCACCACUUUAGGUGCUUCGAAAAUUCCUCCCACUUCAGUCUCAGAGAACGAAGACCUCACCAACCAUCGCUGGAACAUACACAUGAUCAUUAUUGCUGUGGUUUGCACUGCAGUUAUUGCGACUAUCAGCAUCUGUGCCAUCUGCUGGAGGACAAACAAACGACGGGGCAGUCGAAACAUACCACACUAACCACUUUUCGUUUUGUUUUCCGACUUUAUUCUCCUAAUAACCAACAUCAAUCAUCAAGCGAUGGGAUAAAAGAGCACCCAUAUUUUAAAACAAAAUCUAUAUGUGAAUAAUAAAUGACCCUCUGGAAGCUCUGCCCCAUUUCCAUCAUCUUCCAUCAUAUUAUUUUUUCAUUUUUUGCUUGAAGGAUGCAGCAUUCCUGUUUCUUGUCAAGUCAAAAUGAGAAAAUCACGGGUUUAUGUGUAAUUUAAUGACAGCUAACCUUAGACCUUAGAUAUUAGAUCGAGUAUUUCUAUUUAUUUAUGAAAUAUUUUGACCAAAAAUAGACCAGAAAAGGACGAAUUUGUCGACAAUGAAAUCAUUUUAAUUUUAGUGAUGGUUACAAAAUGACUAAGAAGCAUGGUCAAGCUUGAUGUUAAGGAAAUCGGACAGAUUGUGUAUCUAUUCAGUUUAAUUCAAUUCAAUUUUAUUUGAAUAGCAUUUUUUUAACAAUGGAAAUUGGCUUUACAGAAAGAUACAAAAAAUUAUACUCAUCUCUAAUGAGCAAGCCAGAGGCAUGGGGUGUUACAGUAAGCUACUAUACAGUGUUACACCUGUAAUAUAAUUCUACAGUAAUUCUACAGAGCUCUGCAGGAAUCAGUCCUAAAACCAGGAACUGUUUAAGACAUUUUCACGUUUUAUUUUGCAACAUAAACUAGACCAGUAAUAGCACUCUAAUCGUUUUUUAUGUCUUGAAAAAGGCAGUUGUGAUGUGAACAAGUGGUUAAACAGGACUCCAGAGGGUUUUUUGAGACGUUAAACAUCAUCAGAACGAACAGGAAAACUCAGAUACAGCCUCGAUGAGUUUUUACUAAUUACACACUCCACAUGGUCAUUCAUUCAGAUUCCUCCACAGAAAGAGCACUGUGUGUGUCUGUGUGUGUGUGUGUGUUUUAUUUUUAACAUGUUUUCAAUUAAAGACUGAAAAAGUUGCAGUGUAGUGGUGGUGAUGUUGAAGUCAUGUGACUCUCUGUGGUGUAGAUUGUUUUGUUCAAUUCAAUUCAAUUUUAUUUGUAGAGCGCUUUUAACAAUGGACUUUGUCUCGAAGCAGCUUUACAGAACAUAAGAAACAAAAAACAUAGUGUAAAAAGUGCUAGAUGUUAGACGAAAUCAUCCCUAAUGAGAAGCCUGAGGCGACUGUGGUGAGGAAAAACUCCCUUAGAUGGUAUGAGAUGUGAGCAUGAGAUAUGGCAUCCUCAUUUGGGUGAGCCCGGAGAGUGUGAUUAUAAAUGAUUAUAAACAUCAGAGAGUGUGAUUAUGAACAAUGUCCUUUCUACAGUCAUGUACAGUAUUAAUUAGGAGGUUGUUGUCGUCCUCAAAGUCCACACAGGGUCGGCAUCGUUGCUUUGAUGUCCCCAAAUCCUCACGAAACAGAACCCAGCUGGAGCUGGUCCAUCUCUGGAUGCAUCAGGAUCCUCGCAGGUUUAUAGCUUUUAUAACUUCGGCUUUUUAUUUCUGUUGAUUGUAUUUAGGAUUAAAAAUGCAUUAAAGUCGUGUUCAUUAUUUAAAAAAUUCUACUGGCUUUUUGUUUGAGGGAAUCAGAGUGAUGAUCUAAAACACAUCGUUCCUGCUGAACUAAUAAUGCUUGCGACAUUAUGAUGAAUUUUCUUCUUAUCAGUAGUGUUUGUCAUUUCUUUUAGAAUUUUAUUACAAAAUUUAGGUUUCUGAAAAAAGCUACAGCAUUGUAAAUUUAUUGAAAAAUGAUUAUUUUAACUUUUUAAAUUUGCUGCUUUCUUAAAUGAUACUUUUACACUGUCAUGAUUUCAGUAUUUUUUUUUUAUUUGGAUGAAAAACUGUCUUUUAAAAUGUUUAAUAAAUUCAAGCAUUUGGAUGAGGUUGCAGAUUAUGUUGUGUUCUUCCUGUUUGCUUUGUGUUAUUCUAUAAAAUGGAAUUAUUCAGUUGUUAAAAGUAAUUCUUGAUAUUUCUGUUUUGAUUUGUGAAUAUGAUUUAAGCUUUUCUUGCUUUAUCCUAACAAUCCAAUGU